AGAAGCACAAGACAUGUUUACGCCGGACUUUGAAUUCGAAGCACACGAACGUGAAAAAAAAUAAGAAACUGUUUCGCAGGCUAACACGGUUAUAGUGGAUGAAUGAUCUUACUUUUCUUUAUUUGCCUAUAAACUAUCGUAACAUUUUAUUUUUUGGCACUCAAUUGAACCCUUUCACUUCAGCAAGCAAACUUCAUUUUGUUACUUUGGCCAUUUUACAAAGCGAACUGCGGUGCAGCCAGCAAUAAACAUGAACGUUGAUACUCCACAGCCAGUCAUAACAGGGGGCUCUUCAAAUUCCUCGACAUCCAAUAAUUGCCUCACUAACAACAAUGCAGCAAUUAACGUCAGCAGCAUACCCUCGGUUGCCGUAAGUAAUUCCCCAACCACAGCUGCCAUGGCCACACCAUCUGGCACAUCCGUGUCCAACGGCGUGUAUGUGCCUAGUGGCAUUGCCAACGGCGAUGUGAAGCCUGUAAUCACAACCACACCACUGGCUGACUUUCUUAUGCAAUUGGAGGACUACACUCCUACAAUCCCUGAUGCAGUGACAGGCUACUAUCUCAACCGGGCCGGCUUUGAGGCGUCUGAUCCGCGAAUAAUCCGUCUAGUCUCCCUCGCGGCUCAGAAGUUCAUCUCAGACAUCGCUAACGAUGCCCUGCAGCACUGUAAAAUGAAGGGAACUGCCUCGGGGAGCUCCAGGAACAAGACAAAGCAUGACAAGAAGUACACACUGACCAUGGAGGACCUCUCCCCUGCCCUUUCUGAGUAUGGCAUCAACGUAAAGAAACCUCAUUACUUCACAUAGGAAAUUGGUCUUACACUGUUGCAACCCCCUACGAUCAUGGUUCUUAAAGAUGUCAGUAGAAUAUUCAUUGCAGUCACUGUUCUGUUAGUAUUUUUUUUUUUUAAAGUAGAGCAUACUUUGCUUCAUGUGUAAUUUUGAGCUACUAUUUUAUUGAUACAAAUAAAAUGUUCAACAAUUACUUA